UGCACUACUCCACUCACUCAUCACGAAGCACCCUAGCCGAAUAGGCGCCUGUCCGGAUGGAGGUCGAACCUUUCACUUGAUUUUAUAUUUUUGCACCUUUAAUUUUGUUUGUGGCAUGCACGGUAUUUUGGAGUGUUCUGACUUACAUUUUUUCCAACUAAGGAUUAUCAUUUUCAGCCAUGCGUUCGUUGGCGACGCCGUUCUGUUUAGUGUACACGGGCCAAUGAUGUGCUAUGGUGAUACAACAAGCUAAUACGACGUUAGCAGGGGGGGCUGAUUUGGGAGACACCUUUUGAACAACUCAGCCAAUGAAUCGUACGAUCUGUUAAUUUUCAACACGCCGGAACACCAGGGGGGAUGUCUAACCAAGGAGUUCGGAGGAAUGGCCCAGUAAAGCUGCGGUUGACAGUCCUCUGUGCAAAGAACCUGGCAAAGAAAGACUUCUUCCGGUUACCUGAUCCUUUUGCCAAAGUGGUGGUGGAUGGCUCCGGGCAGUGCCACUCUACCGAUACUGUGAGAAAUACAUUGGACCCAAAAUGGAAUCAGCAUUAUGAUCUGUAUAUUGGAAAGGCAGAUUCCAUCACUAUCAGUGUUUGGAACCACAAGAAGAUACACAAAAAGCAAGGAGCUGGUUUUCUCGGUUGCGUCCGCCUCCUCUCAAAUGCUAUCAACAGACUUAAAGACACAGGCUAUCAAAGACUGGACCUCAAUAAGCUUGGCCCAAACGAUAAUGAUACAGUCAGAGGGCAGAUCGUAGUAAGUCUUCAAUCAAGAGACCGCAUAGGUACCGGAGGACCAGUGGUGGAUUGCAGUCGUCUCUUUGACAACGACUUACCUGAUGGAUGGGAAGAGAGAAGAACAGCCUCUGGAAGAAUACAGUACCUGAACCACAUCACACGCACCACACAAUGGGAGAGACCUACCAGGCCAGCUUCAGAGUACUCCAGCCCAUCCGGGCGUCCUUUGAGCUGUGUGGUGGAUGAGAACACACCAGUGAUGACGCCCGUUAACGGGGCAGAGGCCAGCGGCCCACCCGGAGAACAGCGACUCCAAGAGAGACGGGUGCGAUCACAACGACACCGCAACUACAUGAGUCGAACGCACUUGCACACGCCUCCCGACCUGCCCGAGGGUUAUGAGCAACGAACGACUCAACAGGGUCAAGUGUACUUCCUGCACACACAGACUGGAGUCAGCACCUGGCACGACCCUCGCGUUCCCAGGGACUUGAGUAACGUGAACUGCGAGGAACUCGGCCCUCUGCCGCCAGGCUGGGAGAUUAGAAACACUGCGACCGGCCGCGUCUACUUUGUGGACCACAACAAUCGAACUACCCAGUUCACAGACCCGAGACUGUCUGCUAACCUGCAUCGGGUUCUCAACAGCCCCAGUCCAAAUGGAUCCCGUGUGGUCACAGACAGCCAAAACACUAACCACAGCCAUGCAGUUCAGAUGAAGGGCCAAGGAGGUUCCAGUGGCCCGCAGCAGACACUCUCCCCAGCCCAGUUGCCGGAGGAGGCCGAGUGCUUGACGGUGCCCAGGUACAAGCGAGAUCUGGUGCAAAAGCUCAAGAUUCUACGUCAGGAACUCUCACAGCAACAACCGCAAGCGGGCCACUGCCGCAUCGAGGUGUGCCGUGAGGAGAUCUUUGAGGAGUCGUACCGGCAGGUGAUGAAGAUGCGACCAAAGGAUUUGUGGAAAAGACUGAUGAUCAAAUUUAGAGGAGAAGAGGGACUCGACUACGGCGGGGUUGCAAGGGAAUGGUUGUACUUGUUGUCCCAUGAGAUGCUCAAUCCGUACUACGGCCUGUUCCAGUACUCCAGAGACGACAUCUACACUUUACAGAUCAACCCCGACUCGGCCGUCAACCCUGAGCACCUGUCGUAUUUCCACUUUGUGGGUCGCAUCAUGGGCAUGGCAGUGUUUCAUGGCCACUACAUCGACGGAGGCUUCACUCUGCCUUUUUACAAGCAACUGCUGGGAAAACCCAUCACACUGGACGACAUGGAGUCUGUAGACCCCGACCUCCACAACAGUCUCGUUUGGAUCCUGGACAAUGACAUCACCGGCGUCCUGGACCACACCUUCUGUGUUGAGCACAAUGCUUAUGGAGAGAUCAUCCAGCAUGAGCUCAAACCUAACGGAAAGAGCAUCUCUGUCAGCGAGGAUACCAAAAAGGAGUACGUCAGGUUAUAUGUGAACUGGCGUUUCCUACACGGAAUCGAGGCUCAAUUUUUGGCACUGCAAAAAGGCUUCAAUGAGGUCAUCCCACAACAUCUGCUCAAGUCCUUUGACGAGAAGGAGCUCGAGCUGAUCGUGUGCGGCCUGGGAAAGAUCGACGUCUCCGACUGGAAGUCGAACACGCGUCUCAAGCACUGCACGCCUGACAGCAACAUCGUCAAGUGGUUCUGGAAGGCGGUCGAGUCCUUUGAUGAGGAGAGGAGGGCACGCCUCCUGCAGUUUGUCACCGGCUCCUCCAGGGUGCCCCUGCAGGGUUUCAAGGCGCUGCAAGGUGCUGCAGGGCCUCGACUUUUUACCAUUCAUCAGAUUGAUGCCAACGCCAACAAUUUGCCCAAAGCCCACACCUGCUUCAACCGUAUCGACAUUCCGCCCUAUGAGAGCUACGACAAACUAUACGACAAGCUGCUGACCGCCAUCGAGGAGACCUGCGGCUUUGCCGUGGAAUGAGUUGGUGUGUGUGUGGGUGUGUUAAUAUGCGACUGUUCCAAGGACUCAUCCAUGCAGCAUAACUGAGCAUCCCACAGUCUUCCUCUUUCUUUCACGCUGCUAUCCGCGUUCUUCCCAUAUCGUUCAGAGCGCCUCUUCCUUCUAGGUUUCUUUACGUUGUAGCACGUUUGGGAGCGAGCAGGCGGACUUAGAGACCACCACCACGCUCACACCGUUCAUUUGAAUACUCCUUCUGGGUGUUUUUUUUUUUUUUUUUUUUUUUUUUUUUAGCGCAGAACGAGAAUUAGCGUUGCUCUGUGCACGUCACGCUCCUGCCACUUCUCGCCGCGACUUCUUCAGGUAGCCAAUUCUUGCCCAAGCUCUCCAUGUUCAUGAAAUCAGAUAUUGUAGUGGAGAGGCGCACUUUCAUCCUACCUCAGUCCAAACUUGUGUGUGUGCGGGUGUGUGCGGGUGUGUAUGCGUGUGUGUGCGUGUGUAUGCGUGUGUGUGCGUGUGUGUGCGCGUGUGUGCGUGUGUGUCUGUGUGUGUGUGUGUCUGUGUGUGUGUGUGUCUGUGUGUGUGUGUCUGUACGUGCAAGAGGGAUUCAGUUCAUUCUCAAGCCCCUCAUUGAAAAAAAAGUCCACUUUUAAAAGCAGCCCUAAAAAGGUAAUAUAUUGUUUUUGGAUCUCGCUAUAAAUCUUGAUUUUUUUUUUUUUUUUUUUUUUUUUGUUUCUUUUUUUUUUCUCGAUUCAAUCUUGUCAGUGCUGAGGAAACAGACUCUGGUGAAGAAGUUCUAUCUGUGUGUGCAUGUGUCUAUAUCCACGUUUGUAUGAAAAGCUAAGUGGGGCUUUAAGUUUUUCUUCUCACGGUAUCUUACAGCGGAACCUCCAAGAAUUAAUUAUAAUUUCAAGUUAUCCAUUUUUUUUUUCUAGGAGCCCAUGUAGAGAAGAAAAAAAAUCAUGUCAAACUACGCAGUCUUUGAAAACAGUUAAUGGAGUGGUAACACAAAGAACUGUGUCAAUUUCAUAUUGUGGCACUUUUUAACCCCGUUUUGGAGGUUCCACUGCUGGUCUUUAAAGCCGCUCAAUAUCAAGUGUUGGGCCUAUUGUUUUUUUUGAGGAUUUCAUUCAUCCAUCCAUCCACAUUUUGUAUGGAUGUGUUCUUCACCCUGGCCACCGUGCGCGCUCACUGUGACAUGUUGCAAAGUGUGCACUGCUGCAGACAGACAAGAUGUUUAUUUUCACUCGUCACUGUCAAGCACUUUAGCAAGUGAGCAAUGAUGUCAGGAGUACUUCCGCCUCCCAACACCCAACAUGAAAACAGGGUUUCCCAAACGAGAGACAAAUGAAAUCGUAUGUUCCUCCCUCACACCCCGAAACGCAUCAACCUUGACACCCCAAAAAAAAGUCUUUUCCAAGAUGUGAUGUGCGUGAUUGCCAAUUGAUAAAAUAGCUUCCAGCAUUUUAAUUGCCUAAGUGGGGGAACCCCUGUUUUGAAAUGUAUCAUGUCUACUUUGCUAUACUAUGUUACACAUACAGAGUAGAGGAACACAUAUCUCUAUACAUGGAGUAUAUAUAUAUAUAUAUAUAUAUAUAUGUACAAAUAUAUAUAUAUAUAUAUAUGUACAAAUAUAUGAUUUGUUUUUGUUUGUGUUCCGUGCAACUGCAGCAUGUCUGUUCCAGACCUCUUUGCAUUCUCAGGUGAACGCGUUUUGAGGUUGUUGUUUUUUUUGUCAAUUGGAGCGUGGGUGGGAUGUACAUUAUUUUUUAAAUGAGGAUGGCUUGACGCAAAAAAAGACACACCUGACUUUUAAACAGUCAUACAUUCAUAGGAAUUUCGUUUGCUACUGGGGAUGUUUCCACUAGAGGGCAAAGUUUCGUGUUUUCUCAACAAGUCCGUUUUGCAUAGCCACAACUAUUUGUUUGGACUUGUGAAUCCUUUUUCUUAUUUCUUUACUGGCUGCAACCAUGAAGAGCUUACAAAUUGUUCUAUGAACAUUUACAGAGGAUUUAAUUGAUGUUUUAUUUCACACAAGUAAAAAAUGCAUAGCAAGUGUUAUUUGCAGAUGUCAUGUAUACAUCUUGGACACUUCCCUUUAUGUACCAAAUACGAAAUGGACGGAUUUUGUAGACUGCAUCCGUAUAUGCACACGCACAUGUUUCCGCUUUGCCGCACAUAUGUUUGUCCAUAUCUCAUCUGUGUCGCUUUGCCAUAUUUCCUGGCUGACUCACUCAUGCUAACAAACACUUGGGCGGGGUUGGAAUUGUACCCAAUAAAACCAACCAUCUUUUUCAAUAAUUCUGCAUCCAAUUUUCCCAGGUUUUUGUAUUUAUUGUUACAGUAAAUGUUGCGUUUUUCUCCACAGCUGCUCUGUUCUGUGAGCUUGUAACUGACAAAUGGACAAUAAAGUAAAAAUAUUAAAAUGAUGGCAAGGGUGGGGGACAGGUAAUUCUUGUACACCUGCAGAAAGCCAAGCAAUAAAACACUGCUGUCUGGAUGUGACAGCAAUAUGUUUUACAGA